AUGAGUGGGGACUCAUGCGACACUGGUCUACAAACGUCAUCUUGUACGAGUGAAAGGGAUGCCGGGAUCGUCGAAGAUGAACACACUAUGUGUGGGUUGAGUGACCUGGUGUCAAGCUGUCUUUCUAAGGCAAGUGGUAGCGGCAAUCGCUUGAGCACUGCUCAACAACCGCAACCAUUUCUAAGAGCAAGUCUUUUCACUGGGAUUCCGCCUACGAUUCGCUUUUACACCAAAGGAACAAAAGUAUCGAAGCCUAACAAGAAGAUCACGAGUCGUUUGACGUGGUGCCACAACAGUCUUCUCCCAAUCGUCAUGCGACAUUGUCUGGCUGCCAGUCAUUUCACGAUAGUUGACGAGUCUCUCUUCUACAUCGGAUAUUGGGGAAGGCAUCUAAAAAGUAACCGUCUGUGGAUGCACAUUGAAAAACAACAGCGUCGCUUGGGUGAGAAUAUCUACGGUAUAAUGCCGAAGACCUAUUUACUGCCUAAGGAUUACGAACACAUGUGUAACUAUCUCGCCGCUUCGCCUGCCAACCAUGUGAUCAUUAAGCCGCCAGCAAGUGCUCGAGGAACAGGCAUAAGCGUCACUCGCAAAGUUAAAGAUAUACCAGAGAAGACACACCUAGUCGCGCAGCACUACGUUGACCGACCACUAACAAUCAACGGCGCUAAGUUCGAUCUUCGCCUAUAUGCCUACGUGCCCUCACUAGAGCCGCUGCGCAUUUACAUCUACGAGGAAGGCCUUGUGCGAUUUGCCAGCGUACCGUGA